ACUGCACGCCACUUUCUCACUUGCACCCGAUACCCAAGUUUUGACCCCGCCGCCAACAAACAUGGCUCCCGAGCAGAAGGCUUGCCUGAUCGUGAUUGACGGAUGGGGCAUUCCUUCUGACGAAUCGCCCAAGGAUGGCGACGCCAUUGCUGCCGCCAAUACCCCGGUGAUGGACGCCUUCUCCAAGAGCGCAACUGGUUACACCGAGCUGGAAGCUUCCUCCCUGGCCGUCGGCCUUCCCGAGGGCCUCAUGGGGAACUCCGAGGUCGGCCACCUCAACAUUGGCGCCGGCCGCGUUGUCUGGCAGGACGUCGUCCGUAUCGACCUCGCUGUCAAGAAAGGGGAGUUCAGCAAGAACGAGGUUAUCAAGAAGAUAAUGGAGGCGUCCAAGAACGGAAACGGUCGUCUCCACCUUUGCGGCCUCGUCUCCCACGGCGGUGUUCACGCAAAGCAAACACAUUUGUACGCUUUGCUCAGAGCCGCCAAGGAGUACGGCGUCUCAAAUGUCUACAUCCACUUCUUCGGCGACGGCCGUGAUACCGACCCCAAGUCUGGCGCCGCUUACAUGGAGGAGCUGCUAUCCACAAUCAAGGAAAUCGGCAUUGGCCAGAUCGCCACAGUCGUCGGCCGUUACUAUGCCAUGGAUCGCGACAAGAGAUGGGAACGGAACGAAAUCGCACUCAAGGGCCUUGUCCUAGGCGAGGGCGAGCAGAGUGAUGACCCAGUCAAGACAGUAAAGGAGCGGUACGAGAAGGGCGAGACGGAUGAGUUCCUGAAGCCUAUCAUUGUUGGUGGCCAGGAGGGCCGUAUCAAGGAUGGGGACAAUGUCUUCUUUUUCAACUAUCGCUCUGACCGUGUUCGCCAGAUCACGCAACUUCUGGGCGACGUUGACCGUUCGCCUUUGCCCGAUUUCCCGUACCCCAAGAUCAACCUAGUCACCAUGACCCAAUACAAGCUCGACUACCCGUUCGAGAUUGCCUUCAAGCCCCAGCACAUGGGUAAUGUGCUUGCGGAGUGGCUUGGGAAACAGGGUGUCGAACAAGUGCACAUUGCUGAGACGGAGAAGUAUGCUCAUGUAACCUUCUUCUUUAACGGUGGUGUUGAGAAGGUCUUCCCUCUCGAGACGCGUGAUGAGUCGCAGGAUCUUGUACCUUCCAACAAAAGCGUCCCAACAUAUGAUAAGGCCCCCGAGAUGAGCGCCGAUGGCGUCGCCAACCAGGUCUGCAAGCGGAUGGCAGAGCAAAAGUUCCCGUUCGUCAUGAACAACUUCGCCCCGCCAGAUAUGGUUGGUCACACCGGAGUCUACGAAGCCGCCAUCGUGGGCUGCGAGGCUACGGACAAGGCUAUUGGCAAGAUUUACGAAGGGUGCAAGAAGGAGGGCUACAUCCUCUUUAUCACGUCUGAUCACGGAAACGCCGAGGAGAUGAAGUUUCCCGAUGGCAAGCCCAAGACCUCGCACACCACCAACAAGGUUCCCUUCAUCAUGGCGAAUGCUCCUGAGGGCUGGAGCCUGAAGAAGGAGGGCGGUGUCUUGGGUGAUGUCGCUCCCACUGUUCUUGAAGCAAUGGGGUUGCCGGUGCCGCCGGAGAUGACAGGUACAAGCUUGCUGGUUAAGGCAUAGAUGGGGAGUUGGGAAUAAAAAAUAAAGUACGUGGGUGAGAUUUGGAGCAAUCAGGGAGUUAUAGAGGAUAGACUUGUGGAAAUGAGCUAUGUCACGAGAGCAACUCUGUCCAUUUGCGGCAUUCGCAGGGGUGCAGUACAAGUCCUACCGCGUUACAAGAAGCCUCACAAAAGAGUUAAGUUGACUUCAAGCUGACGACCAACCAGUCAGUGCUCAU